AUGUCCUACGUUGCUCCCAUUCACCGGCCUAGCAGCAUACGGCAAGCCUUGAGGCUGCGCCUGUCCGAAGACGAGGAGAGCUUAGUGGUGUCACGAUCAAACCGACUCGAAAUAUGGCGCGUCACGCCCAACGACAUGUACCUCGUCGAUUCUGCUUCGCUAUACGGAACGAUCCUCCUUCUCCAGCGUCUUAGCCCCAAAGAUUCCAAGACCGAUCUCCUGUUUGUCGGUACCGACCGCUUUCAAUACUUCACUGCAAAAUGGGAUCCCGAGCGCCAAAAGCUGGUGACUGAGCAAGUCAUCGAAGAUGUUGCAGAGCCUCACAUGCGCGAGGCUCAAAGCCAGGACAAGUGUUUGGUAGAUCCGUCAGGCAGGUUCAUGGCCAUGCACUUAUGGGAGGGCGUCAUGAACGUGAUGCGCCUAGGAGCCAGGGCACCAUAUACCUUCCGCCUUGAUCCUGCAUGGGCACAGGUUCGACUAUCGGAGCUCUUCAUGAAGGCUAGCACCUUCGUCCCUACCGAGACUGGCCACCCCACCAUCGCCUUUCUGUAUCAGUCCAAGGUUGAUAAGGAAGACGCUAGGCUAGCCGUAUACCGACUCAUGAGCGAUGAUAGAAACACGAAUGUGUCCAAGUUCGACUCGGAAAAGGACAGGGAGUUCGAGAUGGACAUACAGGACCCUUACGCGAGAAUCGUCAUUCCUGUCAAUGUUGAGGAAGAUGAAGUCAAGCGCUACCACAAGAGAGAUACUUCAACUGCCAAGGCCCAACUAGGCGGCCUCAUCGUUGUUGGAGAGACCUUGUUGGUCUAUGUCGACACCCUGACAAAAACAACAGUCUCUACUAGCUUGGCCAACCCAACCAUUUUUGUUGCUUGGGCCGAGUACGAUGUCAGGAACUACUUCCUUUCUGACGACUACGGCAACCUACAUCUUCUGACAAUCGAAACCGACGGUGUCGUCGUGACAGAACUAACCGUCACACUCCUCGGCCUUACAUCUCGGGCUUCCUGCUUAGUCUACAUGGGCGAUGGCAUGCUAUUCCUGGGCUCACAUUAUGGCGAUUCGCAGCUGCUCCAGGUUGACAUCGAGCAAGGUACUACAAAGCUAGUUCAGACUAUUCCGAACAUUGCGCCCAUCCUUGAUUUCUCCAUCAUGGACCUGGGAAAUGCCGGCGAUAGCCAGGUUGGAAAUGCUUUCUCAUCGGGCCAAGCUCGUAUUGUGGCGGGAUGUGGUGUUCACCAAAAUGGAAGUUUGAGGAGCAUUCGGAGCAGUGUUGGUCUAGAGGAUAUUGGCGUUUUGGAAGACCUCGGUGAUGUUCGCGGUCUUUUCACGCUUCGGUCACAUAAUUCGGAUAAGGACGAUACCCUGGUCGUCUCUUUCAUCACAGACACGAGAGUCUUCAGGUUUGACGCUGAAGGCGGUAUUGAAGAAGUUUUUCAAUUCCAAGGCCUCACUCUGGAUAGGCCAACAUUAGUUGCAUCGACUUUGCCAAAUGGUCAGCUGCUACAGGUCACGGCUACCAGCGUGGCACUACUCGAUGCAGAAGGCGGCACUACUCUUAGCACAUGGUCCGUCCCAGAAGGCAAAAGUAUCGUCAAUGCGUCAUCCAACGGCAAAUGGGUACUUUUAUCCAUCAAUGGCACAUCAUUAGUUUCUCUCAGCCUCCAGGAAAACCUGUCUGCCCGGGAGCAAGUGUUAGGCAGUGGAGUUGGAGGCGAAGGGGAUCAAAUCUCUUGCAUCCACGCGGCAAAAGAUCUUGAAGAUGUUGGUGUAGUUGGCUUCUGGGCGACGGGCUCAGUUUCCAUCAUCGACCUUCGAACUCUAAAUGCUCUACACGGAGAAACCAUUAAACAAACAGAUGACAGCGUCUCCGUACCGCGAGACGUAGUGUUGGUGCAGCUCCAUCCGCCGCACCUUCUUGGUCCCACUCUUUUUGUUUCUAUGGAGGAUGGACAAGUUGUAUCCUUCAACGUCUCAAAGGACAACUACUCACUAUCUAGUCGAAAGAGUGUCACCUUAGGCAGCAAACAGGCAGGCUUGCACAUCUUGCCUCGACCUGGAGAAGCUGGAAUUAGCAACGUUUUUGCAACCACUGAGCACUCAAGUCUUAUUUACAGUUCGGAGGGACGCAUUAUCUACUCGGCUGCGACUGCGGAGGAUGUCACUUAUAUUGCCCCUUUUGAUUCAGAAGCUUUUCCCGACGCCAUCUUCCUUGCGACUGAUAAAAACGUCCGCAUCGCUCAUAUCGACGCAGAGAGGAGGACACAUGUUAACCCACUCCCCCUACGCCAAACUGUGCGCAGAGUUGCCUACUCGCCAGCAUUACGGGCAUUUGGCAUUGGCACCAUUCGCAGAGAACUCGUUAAUAACGAGGAGAUGGUGACCAGCAGCUUCCUACUAGUGGAUGAAAUCGUCCUUGGGACUGUUGGCAAACCAUUCUAUCUCGAUGGAGCCGCAUCAACGGAACUUGUCGAGAGCGUCAUUAGAGCCGAGCUUCCAGAUAGUACAGGUCAGCCGGCUGAAAGGUUCGUGGUUGGCACAAGUUAUCUAGCUGAUCCAGAAAUCGGCGAGCACAACGACGUCAAGGGUCGAAUACUGGUCCUCGGUGUUGAUUCGGACAAGAAUCCUUACCAGAUCGUUAGUCAUGAGCUGAAAGGUGCAUGUCGAAGCCUCGCUGUGAUGGGAGACAAGCUCGUUGCUGGCCUCAGCAAGACAGUAGUUGUUUACGAUUACGCAGAGGAAUCCACAACGUCAGGAGCGCUGCAGAAACUGGCAACGUUCCGCCCCUCUACAUUCCCCGUUGACCUUGACGUCAGCGGUAACAUGAUUGGCGUUGCCGACCUGAUGCAGUCAUUGACACUGCUUGAGUUCAUUUCAGCUCAGGAGGGGAAUAAGGCACGUCUUGUCGAGCGAGCACGGCAUUUCCAAUACAUUUGGGCUACAUCAGUUUGCCAUCUGGAAGGACAUACAUGGCUGGAGGCAGAUGCGCAAGGUAACCUCAUGGUGCUGAGGAGAAAUCCCAACGCGCCGACGGAGCACGACAAGAAGCAAAUGGAAGUCACCAGCGAGUUUCAUCUUGGAGAACAAAUCAACAAGAUCCGGCCACUGGACGUCACGCCCAAUGACAACGACCCUAUUCAUCCCAAGGCGUUUCUUGCAACGGUCGAGGGAUCAUUGUAUGUCUUCGCAGACAUCAAGUCCGAGUACCAGAGCCUGCUGCUUCAGUUCCAAGAGAGAUUGGCUGGAGUAGUUAAAACACUGGGUCAAGCGGAGACUGAGAGUGGCACCGGACUGUCAUUCAUGUCGUGGCGAGGGUUCCGGAACGCAAAGCGUGAUGCUGACGCACCGUUUCGAUUUGUUGACGGUGAGUUGAUUGAACGGUUCUUGGACCUCAAGGAGUCAGACCAAGAAGCCAUCGUUCAAGGGUUAGGUCCUACGGUUGAGAGCAUGCGAAACUUGGUCGAGGAGCUAAAGCGCAUGCAUUAA